UACCAGUGAGAGUGGGAGAGGAGGCGGUCUCUGUGCCGCCCUGUGAAGUGAAUAACGGUACAGUCUAACUUCUAUCGCCAUUCAGCUACAGCUCCGGACGAAUACAGCCUGCGUCAGAGAUUUCUUUGGUUAUUUCCGUCUCUCUCUAUUUAACGGAAUAUAUUACAUUUGUGACAGCACUGCGAAGGGAGAAGUUCCAACAGGGGGACUAUUUGGGGGCGCGUAGGGACACUUUUACCCAUGAAAACGUAGAUGACAUUCCAGGAGUGACAACCGGGACCUCAGCACGAAACGACGUUCAUCCUAAACCUGAGGAGUUGUUUUUAUCUAAUUUGAGCUGUCUGCAGCCCUCGUCUGCUGUAGCCAUGUUUUCCAAAGCCACCGCCAACUUCGUCCGUGAGAUGGAAUCUGAAGGAAGCCUCAUCCACGUGUCCAGAGUGAAUGAUUCACACAAACUCGUUCCCAUGGGACUGGUCAUCAAACGCAACCGCAUUUGGUUCUGGCAGAGGGCCAAGUACCAACCUACAGAUUUCACUCUCAGUGACUUGUUGCAGGGUGAUAAGUUGCUCAGUCCUGGAGUGUCUGAGAAAGAAUUCUUGUCCUAUGAGGCGACAUAUGGAGACAAGCUCUCUGGAAAGCUGAACACUGAGGCUGCCUCUGUCAGUGUCAAACUGGAGGGGCAAGGCUCCUCUAAACUCCAGUCAUGUUUUGGCAAGCUGAUGAAAGAGGAACUGGACGUGAAGAAGCUGCUACGAGACUCCAGUGACAGGCAGGUGGACAUGCAGCACAUGCUGGUGCAGCAGUUGGAGAAGCGAGCCGAGGUGCUGGCAGUGGUAAAAGAGAGGAUCCUCACCACUGACUCCAGCUCCGUCACCCAGACCAAGAAGGAGCAGUGCACAUUUCAAGGGGUGCUCGGGCUCGUGGGCAUGCUGGGUAGCUCUCUUCAGGUGUGUGUGAAGGACAGCAACAAGAUGGAGGCCGACAGUGAUGUUUCCUUGGAGAUCCCCUCUGGUACAGUCAUUGCCUACAGCGUUCUGGAGCUGGAGAUCAAGAAAGAUGGACGCUAUGGCAUUUGUCUACGACCUGGAACAAUAGGAGGAAUUGAGGAAGACUCAACUGUAGGACGGCCAUUUGAUGAUUCCUUGCAUACUGUGGAUGGAAAGUGCAACAGGCAGACAGCUCCAGAAACGUUACCUUCAGGUGCAUCGCAAAAUGGCUCACACGACAUGGACCUUUCUCCUCUGGCAGAGCUCCCCCAGUCUACUCGAUUGGCCUUGUUUAAGAGACUCCAGGAGACUCUGAGGGACAGAGGUGCUCUGUCUUACCUGCAGUGUCUGUUGGAGGACUUGUGUAGUGGUGAAUCAUGCAACAUGGUCAACUUUGAGGAGCUGUCAGAGAGUCAGAGAAAAACACUGUCAGCUGUCCUGGACAGUUGCACUGAGGACAGCAAGGGUGGUGUCCCGGCUCACCUGAAAGCAGCUCACCUGUUGGUUAGUGCCAUGGAAGAGUUGCCUGAUGAAACUCAGAGCCUCUUGGGUGAAAGCAGUCCUGAUUUUCUGGAGGCCUUGGACACACUGGUUUGCAGGUUAAAAGACAGCAGCGAGCCUCUCUCCACACAGUGCCUUCCAAUCCUCCUGCAGGACAACCAGGCUUUCCAACAGGCUGAACAGCUGCUCAGCUCCACUAAAGUGACCCUGAGGAGAGACAAGGACAGGCUGUGGAAGGAGACAGAAAACCAGGCAGGAGAUCUCCCAGUCGUCCUCUGUCUCAGCAUACAGGGGUUGUCCUUUCUAAGCAAAGGGCUGAUGGAGCAAUAAGAGUGUCUGCAUGUUGACUUUCUGUCUCUAUUGCAUAAAAGCUUUAUUGGUUUUGAAAGAAAUAUCAAUAUCGGAUUGUUUUUCCUUAUAUUUUAUUACAUAGCAUUUACGUCAUAUUUUUAUAUAAAAGAAUAAAUAAAUAUAUUUUAUGUUAAAAUUUUUCUAAGUUGCUGCUGCUCUGACAUGGUUCAAAGACGUCUCAUUUUAUGUCUGCUUGUAAGCUAUUUUAAAGUUUAUUACUUUAUCAGGCACCUUAUAAAAAUCUGUCCUUCAGAUUAGUAUCAUGUUUUCUUCAUUUUUUUCUUUCUUUUUUCUCUCAUUCUGUGGAGGUGUUCUUCGUUAUUUCUACUCAGUGUACUGUGGUACCCAAAAACAUUUACAUUACUCAGCUACAAUUUUUUUCUGUUUACAAUAAAGCAACUCAACUUAAAAUGUGAUGCAAUGCCAAAGGCCCGAAAAUAUAAAUAUAAUUUCUACAUUCUUGAGGUAUGUUAGAAGCAGUUUUAAACGUUUGUACUUGCCAGAUUUUUAAUGUUGAUGAAGCUACAUUUGAUUGCUGAAACUGCUCUUGAUCAAAAAGCUAUUCAACUUUUCUCUGGUUUUGUUUAGUAUUGAAAAAGCUACUCAUUGUUCUCGAGAAUAUUGUCAUUUAUUCAAUGGUACUACAUUAUAUCAAAUUUUAUUAUUGAAGGUUCAGUGUUUUAAUCGUGUAUAUAAAUUAAAAGUUUUACUGCAUGCCUUUUUAUUUAUUAUUUGACAAUGGUACUCUUUAUAUUUAAGCCAUAAAAAUGUAUCCAUUUGUAUUUUGAUAGUGCACUUAUCAACGUGUAAUUUGUCCUACAGAAAUAGGAAAUUCAAUAAUAUUUUUUAAGAUGUAUUAAAAACUUAUCCCAUUGAUCUUUUAUGUGAUAAUGUAUUAUUUCUUGUUACAUUUUCAAAGAAAGUUUAUAUUGUCUCCCUUGAAUUGAGGUUACUCCUAUAAGGAUCUUGAAGUAUCUCAUGUGCAUGUUGUUUUCAGAAAACCACAGUGUUCAUUUUCAUGCACCAAAUAAACCAUACUCAUCAAG